ACGGAGCUCGCGAUCGAACAGAACAAGUGAGCGAGCAGGAGGAAUCACAUCACGAGCACAAUAACAUACCUGUACACACUCUCUCUCACACACGCUCACAGCUUUCCCGAGCACUAGAAGAGGACCGUAGAUUGAGAUUCCCAUCUGACGUGCCUCAGCAGACCGCCUCGCAAAGUGAAAGAGAUUUUAUGCGAAAGUUUCCAGGAUUGGUUUAACCUCCCGCGGACACGAGCGGAAUGAGCGACUUUACGAUGAUAAACUGUUGCCUGGUUCUGGCCGCGUGUCUUCUCUCCAGCCAAGCUGUCUGGAGUCAGCGUGUUCGGGUGGAGUAUGAGGUCACGGCGUAUCCGAAUGGGUCGGUCAACCUGCGCUGUGAGUUCACCAACAGCGGGACCACCAAACUCACACAGGUCUCGUGGAUGUUUGAGCGUGCGGAAAAUGAUCGGCAGAACAUUGCUGUAUUCCACCCACUAUACGGAGCCAGUUUCCCUAAUAAAGACUUCGAGGGCCGAGUUAAGUUCACACAGGGCUCCCUGGAGAACCCGUCCAUUAGGAUCGACAAACUGAGGAUGGCUGAUGCUGGCAGGUACAUCUGCGAAUACGCCACUUACCCCAGCGGAAACGAGCAGGGAACAACCACUCUUAUCAUGCUGGCGAAACCCAAAAACUCAGCCACCGCCGUCCCAGUGCGAGCAGGCACUUCUGAAGUUGUGGUUGCGACUUGUGCAGCAGCGCAAGGAAAACCAGAGGCAACAAUCUCCUGGAUUACGACCAUCACUGGCCGCUAUAACCACACUUCAGUGCCCGAGAGCGACGGUACGGUCACCGUGAAGAGCGAAUAUCGGAUGAUCCCGACGCCUGCCGAAAAUGGGAAGGAAAUCACCUGCAUGGUGAAUCAGAGGACGCAGAUGGAAGACAAAGUUUUCAACCUGAAGCUGGUGGUGGAGUACCCACCCACUGUGACAAUAGACGGAUAUGACAAUAACUGGUACAUGGGUCGGACUGAUGCCUAUUUGACCUGUGAGGCUGAUGCCAACCCGGAACCCAGCGAGAUUUCCUGGACAGUUGCGUCAGGUCAGAUGCCUUCGUCAGUACGAGUGGAGGAAAACCGUCUGCUGGUGAGGAAGGUGGAUGAAACAGUCAACACCACUUUCGUGUGUGAGGUGAAGAACCGUCUGGGAUCUGGGAAGAAAGAGCUGGUCGCUUUGGUCAUCGAUCAACCUUUACCCAAGGUAGCCAGCAGCACUGGGGCGGCUGUCGGGGGCUUCAUCGCCGCUAUAAUCAUCCUGUGUCUGAUAGGUGCCGGUUUGGCCAUGUACCUCAAACGCAGACGGAGCGUCGAAAACGGAGAAGGCCCUCCGAAACACAAGCCUCCUCCACCGAUGAAGUCUGGCAGCUCGACAGAAAUGCUGAAUAAACCACAGGACAAGACCACAACCCUCACAGAAACCCAGCCGCUCAGCAACUACGAGCCAAGCUACUAUGAAACCAACUCUGCAGAGCCAGUUACGGAUCUAGAUGACGAAAACACUGGCCCUCCUGCUAACGGCGGCACCCCCACAGUCUGGAACGGCUCUGAAAAACACGAGGAGACGACCGAAGAGACCCUUCCACCGUACGAGCAAGCUGAGCAGAACGACAUCGACGCUAACCAUGCUAACGUAGCCCGCGAAGAAAGUUUUGUGUCCAGUCCCAUGCUGGUCUAAAGACGUGGGCUGUGCCUGCGAUUUGCACUGCCACCAUCAAACCCAGCCGCGGACGUCCAUUACAGCACAGAGUCCACGGCUCGGGCACAACAACAACAAAAAAACGCGUCCAAAAAACACCCCAGCUGGUGAAAUUUUCUUUUUACACACGGCUAACUGACCUUUUAGCCUAUUCUCAUGGUUUUGUUGUCUGUGGAAUCAUAUUUAUAGCUUUGGACCAACGGACAAUUAAUAACGUACGACAACGUGUUUUUAGUACUUCAGAAAUUAACGAUAAAACAAAACCAUGAGAAUUGGUAGUGAUCGACUUUUUAUCUACUCUGAUUUAUGUGAAUUCUGCUUACGUGAAAAGCAAAAAUGAUCGCCUCGAUUUAAUUUACGAAUAAUAUACGAAUUUGUUUUCAGUAUUUUAAAAUACACUGCAUAUACUGUCAACAUCUAGUGUAUGUGUUUUAAUUUUUCUUUCGCGGUUUUAGUGUAGUGCUCUUUCAAGCUUUAGCUUUCGUCGGUUUUGUGCGUUAACUUCUGUGAUAAGGGAAAAAGUCUUGCGGUAUAUGCAAUGUAUUUUACAUACAGCAAAAAAAAUGUAUUUUUAUACUUUAUAUUUGAUGUCAUUUUGAUCGAUUAUAUCGCUUGAAAGCAGAUGUAUGCAUUAUUUCCUUUGAUUGUGUUCGUCGAGUUUUUUUUUUGGGAUAAAUUACCAAAUAAUUUCUGUAAAUAAUAACAUAAGGAUAUAUAUAUAUAUAUAUAUAUAUAGCCAGUCUAAUAUGCGUUGAAAAGAAAAAUGCAAACACAUCUAAAAUGACCAGUGAGGUGCAAAAUUGAAGUGUACAUCUUCUGAGGAAUUAUUUUAACGGGUAUUACUAAAGUCGUAUGCUGAUGUUUUA